AUGUCGAGACCUCACACACACAGCGCAGACAUUGCCCCUGAAGACCUACCGCGGGUUAAAGGGGGCUCCUGGCUCUCUUCCGGAAAUCCCGUCAGGCGCUCUAAGAGCUCCAAGUUUUCACUCCAAGGCAGCCAAGGGCCUGGCCCCCCCCGCGCUCCAAAGGGCACUGCCCUGCAAUCCUCUGUGGGAGCUGAGGAACGCGUGCGCGCUCACUGCGACGGCAGCCGAUCCUCGAGUCGGCAAGCCACAGCAUCCGACGCUCUCCGGGCUGCUGCUUCUCUUUGGGAAACUUCCUGUGAGGAACUCUCCUUUCGCCUUUCUCAGGAGGCACUCGACUGCCUGUCCCUCCCUCUGGCCUCGGACUGGACCGUCAGUCGGGUUGUCUCCCAUUGCUUGAGUUUUGCUGAAUUCCUCAGGAGGGGCUUGGACGCCUCCUGCGUGGCUCCUGGCGAGCACCGCCAGCCGCUGUAUGCGUCUCUUGCGCACUGGCUGCACUUCAAUGCGACUCUCGCCGCGGCCCCCUCCAGUGCUCCCCCCCCCGUUCCGCGGAGCAGCGCCAGUCCCCAGCUGCAACAGAAGCCUCAAGGAAUUCCAGCCUUGAAAGAGGCAGAGGCUGUUGCUCUCUGGGGUGUUGCAGCGGCUCUGGCUUCCUUGCAUACCAGGAGACAUGCUCGGUGGAUGAACUGGCCUCCAAGGCAGCAGCCUCAGCGUCCGUGCCCGCGAGAACACAGUGCCAAUCUAGAAGACUUCCCUUCUCUGUAUUACUGCUCUGCCGCUGAAGCUGCUGCCUCUGCAGCGGGCAGCAUAGCGAUACUCCCUAGCGCUAAGGGCGUUUCGGGGAAGUCUUUCCAGUCCCCAGACGCAGCACUCGCUGGAGCUGGCGCCUUGCUGGAUGCGCAGAAAGAAGUUGUGGAAAUACGGACUCUCUCGCUGCUGCUGCUUCUCUACGCUGCGAGGCACCAGCAGCGGCAGCAACCCCUUUCCCUACCCGAAGACCACUGGCACGCGCCAGGCACUCAUUCUCCCAGGCGAAGCAGCUGGGCAGGGGGAGCAGGGGCCCCCUCCUGCAACGAGGAGGCCACGCGUGGUGUUUCCCUGCCCCUUUCAGGCAGACAGCACUCUGGCAGCAGGUGGGCGAAUAAAACCUUCUUUUCCCGCAUGCGUUUGCCGUUGUGUGGCGGCGUUCAUGUGCGGGAUCCUGAGUCUUCAAAAAAUCCCCCCUUGCUCGUGUUAUUUUGCUGCUGCCGUUGCUGCCGUUGCUGUGGCAGCAGGAGUGGCCUCGUGGACUCCUCAAAGGCGCGCUCGUACCUGUUGCAGCACUUGCCGCAGCUGCUGCAGCUGCUGCGCUGCGAGGUUCGUCCUCCCGCGGGGGAGCAGCUGCCCCAGGCAGAAGGGAACGGAUGUCUCGAGGCGUGGGAGGUGCAAGCUCUCGAGGCCUUUUUAGAGCCUCCACGCGAGUGCUGCCUAAUUAGGGGCCUGAGGGGGGCUCUGCGGUGUGUAAACUCGGCUACACUGGAUCAAGCAAGCAUCCUGAGGCUCUCCUCUUGCAGCAAGUCGGAUAUUGUGAUAUCGGCACCCGUGGAGAAUCUCUUCCUGGAUCGCCUCUCGGGAUGCACAGUCGUGGCACCUGCAGUCUUAGGAACGCUUUUAAUUCGCGGCUGCUCCCGGCUGGUGAUGCAUGCGAGAGCUAAGCGCAUUUUCGUGGACAACACCUUGGAGGCAGAUAUCUUUGUGGCUUCUUGCUUCCCGCCUAUCAUACUCGGAGACAGUAGGGCUCUGUCUCUGGGUCCUUACAACGUCAUUUCGCGGCCCUUACAGCAACAAAGGCAGCAGCAGCAGCAGCAGCAACAGCAGCAGCAGCAGCAGCAGCAACAGCAGCAGCAGCAGCAGCAACAGCAGCAGGCUUUGCCCUUACCCCAGCAUGAUUUCUGCCGGCGACACUCUCCCAAGACCCGUCGCUUCUUGCAGCAUCUGAGCAAGCGCACAACAGAGGAUGCGGCUACCCACUUCAUAUGCGCAAAGGUUUUUAGCUCUGCUGCGACUGACUGUGUGGUCGGUGCUGUUGCAGGACGUAGCGGCGCUCAAAGAGCAUCCGCAGUAACGCGCUUCUAA